AUGAACCAAAUUAGAAGGACUUUGAGCAGGAGUUUGUGCUCGAGAAUCGCGGGAAGAAAGAAUUUCGGAGUUUUGUCAACAAAUUGGAAUUUCGGACCGAAAAGAGAUUUUUGGAGGAAUGCGAGUGUCAAAAUUGAGCCGAGAUACAACCUUGUUUUCACCUGUACCGCGAAAAUCGAAGGGGAAAACGGAGAAAUUCGUGAGUGUGGCCACCGAAGCAACCAUGAAAUCUCCAAAAAAGCGUAUCACGAAACAGUAGUUAUUGUCAGAUGCCCAGAAUGCAAGAAUAAUCAUAUAAUCGCCGAUAAUCUCGGCUGGUUCAGCGAUUUGGAAGGAGCAACGAACAUCGAAGAAAUUUUGGAAAAGAAAGGAGAAGAAGUGAUAAAGCUGCAAAUCGGCGAUGAAAUUUUAUCAACUGAAGAUGUGAAAAAACUCAUAAGCUGA